AUGUCUCACCGUGAGAAUGGGCAAGCAUUGGAUCUCGCCUCAACCUCUUCCUCGUCUUUCUCCUUAACCAUCGACAGCUCUUUCCGGGAUUCAAGAUCCUCAUCUUUUUCGUCCUUAUAUUCGGAAGAGUCCCAGCCCUUUCUCGCUUCCGAUGGUCGUUCUUUCGAUACGGAGUCAACGGGCAAAGAUGGAAAUAUGAUGUUACGCACUUACAGCGAUAGGUAUUAUGUCAAUUCAUACAAUAUUGAAGAUCAUGGUAUAUCUUUCUUUGAAGUGACACGCCUGUGUUAUAGAUUUAUUCCCACCAGAAGUAAUGACAUGCAGUUCGAAUUCCAAAGACGCUUGGCAGCGUCUGAAGAACAAAAUUCGUCAAAGCGGAAAGGUGACUUUCUGGAGAACAAAAGGAAAAAACAGCUAUUAGAGGAGAAUCGUGUCCGUGAAUUCAUCAUCCAAAAGACAAUGUUCCCUCAGAAGUCUAACAUGGAAAUGGUCGAAUCUGUUGAUCCUCAAUCAAGUUCUCCGUCUCAGAAUCUUCUCAGGUUUCGAUCUUCAUUACCGAAGCGCCCUCACGUUUUCGACACACCUUUAAGAGAAGUCUAUUCUACCACUCCAUUUUCUCGCGAAGUUGAAGGUUUAAUGAUAAUGCCGCGUGAAACCGAAAGAACUAUUGAUGAUUCGCCAUUUCAAAUGCUUGCAUUUUGCCACGAAUUAAGGCUCAAGGACGACUUUUAUUUGAAUGUGGUCGAUUGGUCGUGCUCUAAUAUGCUAAGCUUGGGCCUUGAAAGUUGUGUUUAUUUGUGGAACAUCGAGACGUCAAAGAUGACGAAACUGUGCGAUUUGGGUGGCUCCCACCUGAUAUCAUCUGUGAGAUGGCUUCCUCAGGAAUCACAACUUGCCAUUGGCACCGCCGAAGGGAAAGUGCAACUCUGGGACGCGUGUAAACUUAUGAAAAUCCGUGAAAUGGGCAAUCACCAGUCUCGAGUUGGGGCCGCCGCGUGGAAUGGUAAAUUACUGUCAACUGGUAGUGCCGAUCGUUACAUUUUCCACCGGGAUCCAAGAAGCCCUCACGACAUUUUUCGUGUUCUAACCGGGCAUAAAUCCGAGAUAUGCGGAUUGAAGUGGAACCACGAAGGAGAUCAGUUGGCAAGUGGAGGUAACUCCAGAGAAUUAUUCAUAUGGGAAGGAAAUAAUUGCUACCCGGCUUAUAAGCUUGGUGAACACAAAGCUGCCGUGCGCGCUCUAUCCUGGAGUCCUCAUAGCCGAAAUCUACUGGCUAGUGGAGGUGGUCACCGCGACCGUCGAAUUUGCUUCUGGAAUACAUUGAACGCAAGAUGUUUGACAAGUUACAAUGUAUGCAACCUGCAGUGGUCGCCAAGCGCAAAUGAAAUCGUCUCCACCCACGGAUGGUGGAAAAACGAUGUAAUCGUUUGGAAAUACCCGUCAAUGGAAAAGCUUUCCACUUUGAAGGGACACACAUUUCGAGUGCUUUAUUUCGCUUUAUCUCCAAAUGGUGAAGAUAUCGUUACUGGUGCCGGCAGUGAUGAUAGCACUUUGAGAUUCUGGAAGGUGUUCAACACCCCUGUAAAAAAGAAGAAGGAGAUAAGGUCCGCUUUAAAGUUGGAUGGUAUGAUUCGAUAA